AGUUUGUUUGCUAGGGAGAGUAUUGACCACCGCCAAUUUGUCGUAAUUCAACAUUAAGGUUUCACAUACAAAAUUUGCUAUACAAAGAAUUUAUCGGCACUCAUUUUUUGUAUGCGAUGAACACUCGUUGACAAUAUAAUUAUACGGUUGGUGUUUACAAACAAAAAAUUUAUCAAAGAGAUUUUAUCGUUUGACAAAUUGGUUUUCUAAUACAAAUUUAAUUGAUUUUUUAAAUUUUGUAUAAUGAAGUGCUUACCGUGAUCAAUGACUGUACGUAAUUAUGGGUGGACUGGUCUUCUACGCGAUGAACGCUCAUCAUAAGCCGUCAUCAUUAGUCUGAAUCUGAUUUCAUGCAUGUUCUAAUUAAAUGAAGGCACCGAGGAUCGUUCUGUUAAUUUGUGCUGUAGGAGUCAUGAUAAGUUUGUGUUUAUACUUCUUAUGUUACAAUGUUAAUUUUAGUGACACAAAAGGGAAGAGUCACAGGAAACUCAUGCAUUUGAAGACAAAAAAAUAUCCGACCUAUUACGAUGACGACCGACGUUCGGAGUGGCCUUUUAACAUUCCUAAACACUAUAAUACAUCCGAUCUGUACAUUUGGAGUGAACGGCAAAUGUCAAAAAAUUUCCACCCGCAUGGAGUCGGCGAAAACGGAUCUGGAUUCGUUCCGCCCGCUAAUUUGAAACAGUUGAUGGACAGAUUGCAUAACGAACAAAAAUACAAUCUAUUGGCAUCGAAUAUGAUGUCGUUGCAUCGCACAUUACCCGAUCCAAGGCGUGAGGAAUGUAAAACGUUGACCUAUCCGGAAAAAUUGCCAAAAGCCAGCGUUGUAAUAAUAUUUCAUAACGAAGCUUGGACGACGCUAUUGCGAACGGUUUGGAGUGUAAUUGACCGUUCACCGAUCGAACUGAUUGAGGAAAUCGUUCUCGUUGAUGAUUUGAGCACUUGGUCGUUUCUGAAACGACCAUUGGAUGAUUACAUUGAAUUGCUUCCAGUUCAUAUUAGAAUUAUUCGGACAUCAAAACGUGAAGGCCUGAUCAGAGCUCGGCUGAUUGGAGCACAAAAUGCGAAGGGCAGUGUCCUGAUUUUUCUCGAUGCUCACACGGAAUGCAGUCGAGAAUGGCUGCAGCCAUUACUCUCACGUAUUGCAAGCGAUCGUUCCGUCAUAUCAGUUCCCUUAAUCGAUGGCAUUUCCUCUGAUGACAUGAAAUAUGAGUUUAAUACAGAAACUUUUAUUAACGGAUUUGCUUGGACCUUAGGAUUUACUUGGAUGGCCAUACCUAAGAGAGAACUCAUUCGAACGCACUACGAUCAAACAGCUACGAUUAGAACUGCAACUUUAGUUGGAUGUGCAUUUGCUGUGGAUCGCGAAUUUUUCUUUGAAAUCGGUGCAUAUGACGCAGGAAUGAAUAUCUGGGGCUCGGAAAAUAUUGAAAUGUCUCUCAGAGUAUGGCAAUGCGGAGGAUCCAUGGAAGUAGUGCCGUGUUCGCGGAUCGGUCACCUAUAUCGAAGGUCAACAUAUUCGUUUGGAGGUGAUGCAAAUGCAAUAAUAGCUCAAAAUAGUGUACGAGUAGUUGAAGUUUGGAUGAGUGACCUAAAGCAUCUUUACUAUGCUGUUACACCUGGACACAGAAAUGUAUCAACAGGUGACUUAACUGAUCGUUUCGAAAUAAAAAACCGAUUGAAAUGUAAGAAUUUUCGCUGGUUCUUAGAGAACGUCUAUCCAGAGAGUAACAUGCUACUGGAGUUUUUCAGAUUUGGUGAGAUAAAAAGUUUAUCGGAAAAGAAAUGUGCUGACAUUCACUAUGGCAGUGAUAAUACUACACUGGCUAUGUAUGAUUGUCACGGGCGAGGUGGAAAUCAGAUGUUUGCUUUCGCUAAAAAUCGAAUGAUUGCUACCCAAAAUAGUGAGCAAUGUGUUGGUGCAAGUAAUAAGCUCGACGCAGUUAUAGUAGCAAGAUGCGUAAACCACAAGUCACAAUAUUGGAAGUAUGACAAAGAGAAAAAGUGGAUGGUGCACGUUGCUAGUGGCUAUUGUAUGCAGGCUAAUAAAACUGAGGUGAUCUUAGGACAAUGUGAUACAGUCAAUGAAAAUUUUAAUUGGGACAUUACCUCAACAUUGUAAGACCAUCGAGGAAACGUAUUUCUAUUUAUUGCACGUUGGUCAUAUGA